AUGUACAAUUUAGCUCGAUUGACCAAUCUUGGUUUGGGAGUUAAAAACGAUCAUGAUAUGGCUCUUAAAUUGUUUGAACAGGCCGCUGUACAAUCACCAGAACAUCCUAAAUUUAAAGAUCGCCGGAACGUUGGCGUAGCUGAAGCCGAAAACGCUCUAGGACGUCAUUAUUCUGAAGGUGUUGGGGUUCAUAAGAACCCAGCACAUGGUGCUGGCUGGCAUUAA